AUGCUUAGUUGGUGGUUGGGAAGGGGAAAAGAAGAUAGCGAGGGCGGUACUGCCAAUGUUGGAGCAGAACCACCGGAAACUCCUGCGCCAGUCUUUGCUGCUCGGGCUUUGAAAAGCGCAUUCUUCGGGACUCCAGCACUUCAUGAUGAGACAGUCCUCGAGGUUGAGAAGCAGCUAGAUUCGAAGAGGCCCUCAAUAGCAAUACAUAAGAACAAAAAUCGCGAUACUCUGGAGCUGGAUGAAACCCUAGAAAACAUGUCGCCGAGUAAGCGGGGUAUUCUGAUGACACCAGGAACUGCGGCGACACGCAGGAAAAGUGUAUCAUUUGGAAGUGAGGCUCUGGAUAAGAAAGAAGGGGCGGUGGGGUGUAAAGCACUCACCAAGAAAAGAGAUGACACACCGUUCGCUGCCAAAUCUAGAGACGUUGAUUCCGACAACAGAUCGGAAGACGAAUCGCCCUCGAAGCAGCGAUCCGCUCGCAGAGGACGCAGCGUUUCUUUAACGAAGUCUCUUGAAAACAUGCGGAAAGGUAAAGAGGAUGAUCAAAAGAAGAGCCCGAAGAUUCGCAGCAACAAAUAUACUAGAAGAGCAGACAAUGCAUCGGCAUCUACUGUACCAUCACCGCCGUCAAAUGUUUUGCCGGACGAUGAACACAUACCAGGCUCAUAUGACGAGACUGAGCAAGACUUCACACGAGUACUCGACUUUACCGACAAGUCACUCGGUCACGUCACCAUGGACCUAGACAUGCCGCAAUCUGAAUCGGGAAGAUACUGGAAAUCUCAGUACAAGACCUAUCAUGAAGAAGCACUGGCUGAGAUGGCGCAUGUACUUAGAUACAAGGACCUUGCCAAGAGCUAUGCAAGGAAAAAAGAUUCGGAAGCCGCAGAUUUGGCCCACAAACUGCAACUGGAGCAAUCCAAGGUUGUUCAAAUGGAAAAUAUGAUCACCAGGCUAUCUUCGAAGCAUACCAACCUGGGUCUUGAGGAUACAGGGGACUCAUUAGAGAAUAUCAAAGAUGUCGCCAAGCUAAGAGCAAUAGUGGCGCAGUACAAGGCUCAAGUGGAAGAGUUUCGUAUUGCGGUAGAGGAGCCCUACGGCAAGCGGGAAGCACCUAGGGAUAGUCUUCCAGCAACACGAUUAGCAGGGGAACCUACGGAGAUCAUUACACUCCGAGAGGAGUUAUCUAGAGCUCGAGAAAGCAUUUCUGCGGCGGAGAAGAAAACUAAGAGAUUGGAGGCGGAGAACGUGAAAUUGGCUAAGGAGCUUAAAACUUCGGACCUUCACUUGGUCAAACAACGUGAAAGGAACCAGAAAAUCCAACAGUCCCACCAGGAUGAGACUCGGCGAAAGGAAGAGCAAUUAGCAGGUCUUCGGAGAGAAUACGAUGAGCUGAUGGACUUGAAACGCGAUUCGGAGGAGCUCUUAAGGAAACGGCAAGACCAAGUCAACGCACUAAAGCAAGAAAUUCAGGCUCUGAAGAGUGCCAGGCCAGCGUUUCCAAGUCAUGGCGAUGAGGUCCAAACAUUUACCGUGGGUGAAUCCCAAGCAGAUAGCAUUGCUAGCAGGUCGAGACGAUAUAGCACACAUGAGCAGCGAGCCACGAACAAAGAGAAGACCUCUCGAGAUCGACAAUCUCUCCAGGAUGUUUCUGACCCUCGUGAGGAGGCAACCUGGAAGCGAAAAAGCUACAUCCCCUUUUCAGCUCAGUCAGUUCCAGCCCCUGCGAAGGGGCUGGCGGAUACAGAAUCACCAUUUUUUAAGCCUGAUGUUGCUCUGCAGCCAUUAUCCGAAGUCAUCAACGGUUCCAGCAAGAAGAAAGUACAGGGUCGUCACUUGGGCACAGCUCAGUAUUCUCCCAUGGCCACUCAUUUCUCGGAUUUAUCUUUUGGCGACCUGACGUCGGCUCUGCCAUCGACUGAGUCGUUUCAGGCUCAGAACAAGAAUCGGGGUUUCCACGAAAAAGCAUCUCGAAUAAGUCCUAAGCCAUCCAUUGUCGACAUCCCAUCAAGCCCUCCGAGUUUUACGAACCCCAGACCUGUUUCGGCUGGGGAAAUCGUCAGACAAAACUCCAAUCCUGAAAUGCGCAGGAAGACGCCUGCAGGCAAAACCUCAAGUCGACUACCAAUCGUAGAAAGCCCCAGGGUCAGGAAAAGAAUCCCCCCUGAGAGGGCUGCUGCUGCCAAAGCACGGCUCGAGCAAAAAGCAGCAGAGAAAAGGAAAAUGCAAUUAAUUGGAAGUUGA